UAUGUAUUGCAACAGACAACACCUUAAGUGACUCUGCAACAGCGCUUGUAUGGUGAGCUAUCAUCACUCAUCUGUACAGGGGAAAUAUGAGUGCUUCUGUGGCCGUGUACAGGAAUAUCUACACGGAGGACCGCUUCAAACAGGCCUACGGCUCCGGUGAUGACACCAGUGGAAGUUUGCGGCUCCGGGAAAAGCUCGCCGGGAGGUGCAGGUGUUCGAGGCGAGCCUGCCUUCACCUGUUGAGGGAGAGAGUGCCGAUUUUCAACUGGCUGCCAAGAUACAGACUAAAGAAAUGGAUUUUAGGAGAUACUAUAGCAGGACUGACAGUUGGUAUUCUUCACAUUCCACAAGGCAUGGCCUUUGCUUUACUCACAUCUGUGGCACCAAUAUUUGGCCUUUACAGCUCCUUCUUCCCCGUGGUCCUCUACAUGUUUUUUGGCACAGGUCGCCACGUGUCCACAGGUACCUUUGCUGUGGUGAGUCUGAUGACUGGCUCUGUGGUGGAGCAGCUGGUUCCCACUCCUCUGGAGAUGAACUCGAGUUCGUCUGAAGCGGCUGAGUUUGAGGCCCAGAGGAUCGGAGUGGCCUCAGCUGUAGCACUCCUCUCUGGAAUUAUUAUGCUCUGCAUGUUUGGUCUUCAGCUGGGCUUCCUCUCCACCUAUCUGUCAGAGCCAAUAGUUAAGGCUUUUACCAGUGCUGCUGCCUUCCAUGUUACCGUCUCACAGCUGCAAAGCAUGCUGGGGUUGCGGCUGCCCCGCCACACCGGGACCUUCUCCCUCUUCAAGACUUUAGCAUCAGUGAUGGAGAACCUGCCUCACACCAACACGGCCGAGCUGCUGAUCUCCUUGGUGUGUUUGGCAGUCCUGGUGCCAGUUAAGGAAAUUAACACGCGUUACCGGCAGCGCCUGCGCACACCUAUCCCAGUGGAGAUCCUCACGGUGAUUAUUGCUACAGGAGUGGCCUAUGCCUCCUCGCUGGACUCUGCUUACAACAUUGAGAUAGUUGGCCACAUCCCAGCUGGAUUCCCGAGGCCCCGGAUGCCGGCUUUGCACACUUUCCCUGACAUCGCUGGAGACACAGUAGCCAUCACAUUUGUUGGCUACGCCGUGUCGGUCUCACUGGCAAUGAUCUACGCCGAUAAGCAUGGAUAUUCCAUACAUCCCAACCAGGAGCUGUUGGCCCACGGUGUCUCCAACACAGUGUCCUCUUUUUUCACCUGCUUCCCCAGCUCGGCCACCCUAGCCACCACUAAUAUACUGGAGAGUGCUGGAGGACACACACAGCUCUCCGGCUUGUUCACUAGUCUGGUCGUUCUGAUUGUCCUGCUUCUGAUUGGACCGCUGUUCUACUUCCUACCCAAGGCAGUGCUGGCAUGCAUCAAUGUUACCAGCCUCAGGCAGAUGUUCUUGCAGUUCCAGGACUUACCUGAGCUGUGGAGAAUCAGCAAGAUGGACUUUGUAAGGGCAUCGAGUAGUUUGGCAAAUAUUCGAGCAAGGAUGGUUUGGGUGGUCACCUGGCUGUCUGUUGUGGUACUGAACGUGGACCUUGGCCUGGCCAUCGGCGUGGUUUUUUCUAUGAUGACCGUCAUCUGCCGCACACAAAGGGCCGGCUGUUCAGUGCUUGGUCGGGCCAGCAACACAGAAAUUUACAGACCUCUGGAGAACCACAGCAAGUGCUAUGAGGUGCCUGGAGUAAAGAUCCUGACUUACAAUGGGCCCAUUUACUAUGGCAACCGUAACUUCUUCAGGGAGGAGAUGAGCAGGCUUUUGGGCCUAACGCCAGAGAAGAUCCGCAGCCGGGAGAAGGCGAGAAAAGCCCUGGAGAAACGGGAGAGAGAGGCAACCGUCAGCACUGUGGAAAGAGGGAUCGCAAACACAUCAUUCUCUUCAGAAAAUGAGUUCUUUAAAUCUGAAACAUCUGAGAGUGAUGUUCAGGCGGUGUUAAUCGACUGCAGCAGCGUGAUAUUUGUUGAUGUUGCUGGAGCAAGACUCUUUACACAGAUGUGCACUGAAUGCCAGAAAAUUGGAGUUCACGUAUAUUUGGCAAAUUGCAAUGAGAGCAUCCUAAAGAUCCUCACAUCAAGUGGUCUAAUGAAUUACAUGAACCCUCAACAUAUUUUCGUCACCGUUCAUGAUGCCGUGAUGUAUAUUCAACAGCAGAAGGAAAAACCUCCAGAGAACACUACGACUGUUUGGGUUUGAACCAGGAGGAAAGUGAUGAGUCAUGCUCCCAUCAGCCACGUGUGUGGACCUCAAACGUCAGAGGGGCACUAAGACUUCUGGAUUAUAACCAGAGACAGCGUCUCUCAGCUGCACAGCAGCGCUCCAGCGGACGGUCCAGACUGUACCGUAUUCCAGUGUUUCAGAGAAGCAGUAGCCUGUUGUAGCACUAUGUCAUGAAUUACAGUCAUUAUUAUUACGUUACAGUGUUACCAGUUCAGAUAUUGGACUCACUCCUGGCACACUUUAAUCUGAUAUUCGUUAUUAUAUCAGAGGUGUUUAAAUCAAGCAGAAUAACUCCACAACAAACAAUCUCAUUAUACAUUUAGUGUGAAAAAAACUGAAAAACAAAUAUGUAGUAUUUUGACUUUUGACUAUAAAACUGUAUAUGACAGAUAUUAUUAUUACUCUGUUCCUUAUUGUCAUAUAUGCUGGAAUAUUACCAUAGUAAUAUUUAUUUAAUUUCUGUUUGCUGUUUGCAAUACAUAUGAAUAUAAAGUGCACUGAAUAGCUUGGUCAAAUACUUUGUAUAUUUAUAUUUUUUUGUAAUAUGUGCUUGAAUAGGCAACUGUGUAUAGUAAAUGUCGCCCUGCCUUAAAAUGUUCUGUCUUUUAACUCCAGAGAG